AUGCGCAUGCCAAAAUUGUUGGGGUCAUUUCUGCCACCAGCCCUCCAUUUCCACGGCGAGAAAAUGAUGCAGUUCCAGUGGGAACAGCGCGGCGGUCGCCUGAAGUUAGUGGAAGACGAUGCCGUUCGUAGUGUUGCCGAGGACGUUGAAGCAGAGAACCUGAAACGGCUGAAGCGACGACAGGCUCAGGAGCGGGAGCGCAAACACCGAGCUCGUCGCGAUCGAGAGUGGAUGAAGACACAGCAGUUCCUAGAGACAAACAACUUCGACUCCGAGAAUGUGAAUGCCCCCAAGCUCUCAUGGUGGGGAUUCAAGAGAUCUUACCCUUUGCACAAGGCGGUGAUGGAUCGAAAGACAGCCGGGGCAAGGUUGCAGCGGAGUAUUUCAACACCGCGUCCAGCCAACCAGAGGCCCAGAAGAGCCAGAUCUGAUUGCCGCCAUAGCUCCGGGUCAACGAUCCCCGUCGGUCCACAAAAAUUGGGGGGAGGACCUGCUGGAUGGGACUUGGAAACCUGCUGGAUUCACCGAAGGCCGCACAAGUCACCGUGA